AUGAUUCAACAAGAUGUUAUUCAAAUGAGUUCCGAUGAACAAUCAACAACAUCAGAAAGUGUUUAUAAAUCAAAUUUAAAUGUCGAAGAAAAUUUAUUUCAAAUCGAAAGUCCAAACUUGAUUCCAACUCGAACGAUAAGUAGUUGUGGUCUAACUGUCAUCGAUUCGAAAGAUUUCAAUCAAAGAAAUCAUCAUCCAUCAUUUCAACAAACACCAGGUGUUGCUACAGAUACUCUUCUUGUUAUGCAUUAA